GUCUUGCAGACUCACCCCCCUGCGCAAGCUCAGGUGUGCCAGGACGGGAAGGAUUCCUGGGGGCCCUGGGACUUGGCACCAAGCCCUAAAUAAAAGGUCGCACCAUGUGUGGGGGGCUGACUGAGAAGUAUGUGGCUGCCAUGGUUCUGAGUGCAGCUGGAGACGCCUUGGGGUACUUCAACGGAAAGUGGGAGUUCCUCCGGGAUGGGGAGAGGAUUCACCGGGAGCUGUCCCAACUCGGGGGCUUGGACGCCAUAGACGUGGAGAAGUGGAGAGUCAGCGAUGACACGGUGAUGCACCUAGCCACAGCCGAAGCGCUCGGGGAAGCCGGCGACGCCUCCGACUUGUCUCGACUCUAUUCCCUCAUUGCUAAGAAUUACCAGGACUGCAUGGGAGACAUGAACGGCCGGGCCCCAGGCGGCACCUGCAUGCAGAACACUUGGCUGCUGGAGCCCGACAAGCCCAGUGGCUGGAGGAUUCCCUUUAACAGCCACGAGGGCGGCUGCGGGGCUGCCAUGCGGGCCAUGUGCAUUGGCCUCAGGUUCCCUCACCCCGACCAGCUGGACACGCUGAUCCAGGUGAGCAUCGAGAGCGGCCGGAUGACGCACCACCACCCCACCGGCUACUUGGGGGCCCUCGUGUCGGCUCUCUUUACAGCCUUUGCUGUGAGUGGCAGGCCACCCCCGCAGUGGGGUCGGGGACUGUUGGACGCGCUGCCCGCCGCGAAAGAGUACGUCGUGCGAUCUGGCUUCUUUGUAGAGCAGAACCUUCAGCACUGGUCCUACUUCGAAGAGCAGUGGGAAAAGUACCUAAAACUUAGAGGGAUUUUGGAUGGCCAAUCAGCCCCGACCUUCCCCAAGCCCUUUGGUGUGAAGGAGCGGGAUCAGUUCUACACGUCUGUGAGCUACUCCGGGUGGGGUGGCAGCAGUGGCCACGAUGCCCCCAUGAUUGCCUACGAUGCCAUCCUGGCCGCGGGCGACUCCUGGAAGGAGCUCGCCCACCGAGCCUUUUUUCAUGGCGGAGACAGCGACUCAACAGCCACCAUUGCUGGCUGCUGGUGGGGAGUCAUGUAUGGUUUUGAAGGGGUGAGUCCUUCCAACUAUGAAAAGCUUGAGUACAGAAGCCGGCUGGAAGCGACAGCGAGAGCUCUCUACUCCCUCGCCUCAAAGAAAGAGGCCAAAAAGGAGCUGUGAUGUUUCCUUCUGCUGGUUUUCCCUCUUGUUCAGCCCCUUUACUGGUCAGUUCAUUUUCACUUUUUCCAGAGUCAAGAGUUUUAACCCGUACUCUGAGGGUUUUGAGAUAGCAAGUCCCUGGAGCUCCUGGAAGUCAUGCCUUCCCAGUGGCAUCCUCCCCCAAACUAUCCCUCUUCUAUUCCUGAAUAAUAUUGCUCAGGAUGGAGUUGGUGUGUUCCAUGCCUGACAUGUCUUAUUGCCUUGUAUUUUAGGUCUUCAUUUCCUUUUUUGGGCGGGGGUGUGGGUCACUGUUUGAGUCACACUUGGUGGUGCUCAGAGCUUAUCCUGACUCUAUGCUCAGCGGUCACUCCUGGAGUGCUGGGGUGGGGAGACAUAUAAUGUCCCAGAGGUGGAAAUGGGUACAGCCAUGUGCAAGGCAAACACCUUCCCCCUGUGCUAUCUCUCUGGCUCCUCAGUCUUCAUUUUUCCAUUUAAUCUUUUGCUACAUUUUUUUUCUAGUUGAGUCAGGUUAGCACUUCCCCCAAAGCGAGAACCGGAUACAAGGAUUAAAGUACAGGUACUUUAUUGGGGAGGUGUUUGCAGGAAUGGGGAAGUGAGAGG